AUGGCACCUCCCAGAAGUAAAGGAUGGAUAUGCUUCACUAAGGUCGAUAGUACAUUGGCUAAAUGUAAAUUGGGUUCAGUGGAAGUAAAGUAUUGUGGAAAUACGUCGAAUUUAAUGAAACACCUUCUGAAACAUCCAAAUGUCCCAAAGUCAACUCAAGCGCUUACCAAAUUUCUGAAAAAUGAUAGCAAUACUCAAACUAGUUUGAUUAGGUUAUAA